GAAAGUGGAAGCAAGAGAGUGUCAGUGAAAGAAAGCAGUCUGACUGCACAGAAAAGGUGCUCGGCAAACAGCGCACACUCAUUGAGUCAGUGAUAUUCUGAACACGGAGAGCUGGUGCAUUUGAGCUCAAGAAAACAGUUUUCAGUGCAGAGAGACAGCACAGAGACAGAGAAACAGAGGAAGUGGAGUGAAAAGAGAAGAGGAGAGGAGAGGAGAGGUUCUUCGUGGAGAGAUGGACUCAGAUUCUGGGGAUCAGAGUGAAGGAGAGCUCUCUCCAGGGCAAGAGAGCUUCAACUCCAAGAGUUUGGCCCUUCAGGCCCAAAAGAAGAUCUUGAGUAAAAUGGCCACCAUGGCCGUGGCAAAUCUCCUCACAGAUGAUACCAGCAGCGAGAUUCUGGACGAACUCUACAAGGCCAGUCGUGAAUACACCAAAAGCAAGAAGGAAGCUCACAAGAUCAUCAAAGAUGUCAUCAAGAUUGCCCUGAAGAUUGGCAUUCUCUACCGAAACCACCAAUUCAGUCCUGACGAGAUGGAGACCGUCGAACGCUUCAAAAAGAAGAUGAACCAGGCGGCCAUGACGGUGGUGAGCUUUUACGAGGUGGAGUACACAUUCGACCGUGGCAUUCUUUCCGAGCUGCUGAUGGAAUGUAGGGACCUUCUCCAUGAGCUGGUGGAGCACCACUUGACCGCACGCUCCCACGCGCGGAUCGACCAUGUGUUCAACCAUUUCGCAGAUGUGAAUUUCCUGACCAAGCUGUACGGCCCAUCUGAAGAGUACAGACUUAACCUGAGGAAGAUCUGCGAUGGGAUAAACAAACUCCUAGAUGAAGGCACACUUUAACCUCCAGUUCACGGUUCGUCGGAUGAGACUUCAUCAGGCUACUGGGAUUUGAAUGGCGGGAUUUUACGCAACUUGUGUUCUUUGGCUUUUGUUUGAAAUUUAGGCUGUCAUGAUAACUUAAUGAUGUGAUUGUAACCCAACCUGUAGGGAUGGUCAACCAAAUGCAGAUUAAAGUCAAAUCCUGGUCUGUAUUGUCAACGUACCAGAUGAUUGUUUGGGGAAAAUCCAUUUAAGUGGAGAACCUGAAUGAAUCGGUGUCCCGAAAACCUGUCCUUUGUGUGCAAUUGCAGGAACGUCUUAAAUUACGAGCUCCUUUAUUUGCACUGUAUGAAAUCUGACCUACCUAUUCUUUAAGAAUGGCCUAGCAAUGCAACCCUAUAGCUUUCUUCUGUACUUCCAUAAGAACCAGUUAAGAUGUCCAGUUAAUCUACUCAAAAGUUAAAGGGAUAUAGUUCAUCCCAAAAUGAACAUUCUAUAGUCAACUUCAUGAUGUU